ACAAUGCGGGCCGUCAUACAGCGUGUGUCUUCGGCGUCGGUUACAGGUAAUCAUUUCCUUCCGAGUGUAAGACCCUUUUCUUGUCACGUUCCUUCUAGUUGACGACGUCGUUGUAUCUAAAAUAUCUCGAGGUUUGAUGGUCCUAGUCGGUAUAGGCUCAGAUGAUACUGCCUCCGACGUCUCUUCCACGAUUAAAAAAAUUUUGUCGCUACGCGUUUUUUCAGAUCCGACAGAUCCAAAGAAGAUGUGGAAGGCCAGCGUGAAAGACAUCGAAGGGGAAAUUUUGUGUGUUUCGCAGUUUACUUUGCUGGCCAAUACCACCAAAGAUAAACCAGAUUUCCAUCUUGCGAUGUCUGCAGAUCCGGCUCGUGAAUUGUACGGUACUUUUUUGGAUAUGCUUCGAGAGGCCUAUGUUCCAGAAAGAGUUAAAGAUGGGAAAUUUGGGGCAAUGAUGAACGUCAGCCUGACAAACGACGGCCCUGUCACGUUCACCGUUGAUUCGCGGAAAUACCAGUACGUUGGCGACGCUGGUGGGAAUGGUAUUGGAAAUGCGAAUGCGAGGGGGGCAAAAUCGAAGAAGGGACCCGCGCCUUCGACUCCUGCGGAGACUCUAUAGGGAUUUUUAGUGGUCAAACCUUGUAAACAUACAUACCCGAGGCUCUAGAGAAAUUAGAAGCUGAAUACCGUGUCCAUGAUGUGCUGGGUUCGGUUUAGAGGGCGCUAAGUAGUCAGCGACCUAUUAUCUGACAAAUAUGAAGAAGAUUUUUUGCAGCAUCGGAGUCUUGAGUAUGCUCUUGUGAUCUACAAGUGCAUUAAGCGUACCGUCAACCUGGCCCACGUUAGUCAGAAGC